AUGUUGCUAUGGUAUGUAGGAAACCUGUCACGGGAUGUGACCGAGGCCCUUAUAAUGCAGCUCUUUGGUCAAAUUGGCCCCUGCAAGAGUUGUAAAAUGAUUGCGGAUACGGCAGGUAACGAUCCAUACUGCUUUGUGGAGUUCUUCGAGCAUAGGCACGCAGCGGCCUCACUCGCAUCUAUGAAUGGGCGUAAAAUAAUGGGUAAGGAGGUAAAGGUCAACUGGGCUACAUCACCUAGCAGCCAGAAAAAAGACACAACCAAUCACUUCCAUGUCUUUGUUGGAGACCUCAGCCCAGAAAUCACCACUGAUGACGUCAGAGCUGCCUUUGCACCCUUUGGGAGGAUGUCAGAUGCACGUGUAGUCAAAGACAUGGCAACGGGGAAGUCAAAAGGCUAUGGUUUUGUUUCAUUCUUCAACAAAUGGGAUGCAGAGAAUGCCAUUCAGCAAAUGGGAGGUCAGUGGUUAGGCGGCAGGCAGAUCAGGACUAACUGGGCUACAAGAAAACCCCCAGCGCCUAAAGCAACCUAUGAAAGUGAGUAUUCAUAUGCCUUAAAGACUUCUCCACUAUGUAACACUGUUUAUCUCUGCAGGUUCAGCUCUCACGAAAGUGCAGCUCAUGCGAUCGUGUCUGUUAAUGGCACGUCUGUAGAAGGUCACAUAGUGAAAUGUUACUGGGGUAAAGAGACUACAGACAUGGUGAGCCCCAUGCAGCAGGUGCAGGUACCCCAGCAGAACAAAGUUGGUUUUGCUGCCCAACCAUAUGGCCAGUGGGGACAGUGGUACGGCAAUGCACAACAGAUUAGUCAGUACGUCCCUAACGGCUGGCAGGUACCCACUUACGGCGUGUACGGGCAGGCCUGGAACCAGCAGGGCUUCAAUCACAUUCAGGCUGGCGCUGGGUGGCCCGGUGUGAGUGCCGUGAGUAACGGAGGCGUGGUGGAGCCUGCGCAGGGUGUCAACGGGACCGUGCUAGCCAAUCAGUCCAGCAUGGGCACUGCAGGAUACCACACACACUGAUGGAGCGACGGACAACUCUAGCACUCCACUGCGGCCGCAGCAGGGAUCUACACACAACCCCUACCCCAUUCUUAGACACCCAUCAAGAUGCCUGGCCUGGGGAGGGGUGUGCCAUUUUUUUUUUUUCUUCCAC